CGCCCCGGGCCAGCCCAGCUCGCGCUCCCGUCCUAGCUCUCGGCUCCGUCCUGGUCCCGGUGCCGCUGCGUCUUGGGCUGCUCCGCGCCGCGCCGAAGGCAGCAAGAUGGUUGUUCUCUCAAAGGAGUAUGGCUAUGUCAUGCUGACAGGAGCUGCCAGCUUUGUCUUGGUCGGGCACCUCGCGGUCAAAGUGGCCAAGGCCCGCAAGAAGUACAACGUGGAGUAUCCAACCAUGUACAGCACAGACCCCGAGCACGGGCGAGUGUUCAACUGCAUCCAGCGCGCGCACCAGAACACACUGGAAGUCUACCCUGCCUUCCUGUUCUUUUUAGCCACUGGUGGACUCUACCACCCGCGGGUUGCCACAGGGCUUGGCAUGACCUGGAUCCUUGGGAGAAUCCUCUAUGCCUAUGGCUACUACACAGGAGACCCCAAAAAUCGAAGGAGAGGGGCCAUUGGUUCACUUGCACUCCUUGGGCUGGUGGGCACAGGCAUCUUCUCAGCCUGCCAGCACCUUGGCUGGAUCGCCCAGAGUCGCUGCAGAUCUUUAUGAUGCAGAUCAUUGUGAGGACCAGCCUGAUGCCUGCUUGGGAAACUGAAGGGAUUUCUUCUAGAACAUUUCAUUUCCUGGUUGGU